AUGAUAAAGCGGCACUUUAUUGAUUGCGAUCAGCAUUCAGAGCACAUCCCAGUUGUUAUAACUCAUGCGCUUCUGUCAUGUCUUAAAAGCAUGACAUUCAGCGAACACUGGAUUCCAAGUUGGCAUCAAUUCUGUGCAUUGCAUCCACUCUUCAAUUAUCAAAACGAAUCAAAAUGUGCUUAUGUCUUGAUAUUGAUGGCCAUUUACUGGACCUUUGAACCCAUUCCUCUGCCUAUAACCGCUUUAUUACCGGUGAUUUUGUUUCCUCUGUUGGGUUUGGCGACCACAGAGGAGGCGUGCGGUCCGUACCUCCAGGCGACGAAUAUGCUGUUUAUGGCGAGUUUAAUGGUUGCCAUAUCUAUGGAGUGCAGUGGUCUUCACAAGAGGAUUGCACUCAAAGUGUUGAUGGUUGUCGGCAAUGAUAUCCGCAGAUUAUUCGCUGGAUUUAUGUUUACGGCAAUGUUUUUGGGCAUUUGGAUUAUCAACACAGCGGCCACUGCUAUGAUUCUGCCCAUCGCUGAUGUCAUCAGUAAAGAAAUAUUGACUGAAGAGGAAUAUAAGGAUGAUUUGCAGUUAAAUGAAAGUCAAAGCGAUGACAGGAAUAAUCACGACUUGAUUAAUAAAGAGGAUUAUGUGGUAAAACAGAAAAACUCAAAACAAUUAAAAAGUGCCAAAAAUGACAAAUUAAGAAGACUUUUAUAUAUAAGUAUUGCAUAUUCGGCCACAAUUGGCGGUACAACUACUUUAACCAGCAAUGGUCCCAAUUUGGUGCUCAGAUUUGUUUUAGACGAUAUAUAUAACGGUCUUCCGCCCGUCGAUUACACCAAUUGGUUACUCUUUUGUGUGACCGCAACUGUUAUCACAAUUAUUAUACUUUGGGUUGUAUUUCGAUGUGUUUAUAUGAGGGAGGAUGCAAUCGCUCACAUUACUAAAGCUCCAAAACAUAUCAUACAUGAGAAGUAUCGAGAGUUGGGUUCAAUUACUUUCCACGAAAGUGCAGUUUUAUUUCUAUUUAUUUUACUUAUUCUCCUAUGGAUGUUAAGAGACCCGCAAUUCUUAAACGGUUGGGCGACUAUCGUUGCCAACAACAUCAAACCAAAGGACGCGACGGCCGCUAUCUUUAUCGUGUUUUUGAUGUUUUGCAUUCCGGCCAACCCUAUGGGCUCAUACCCGGGACCGGCGCUACUUAACUGGCAAACGGUGGAGAAGAAGUUGGCCUGGGGCGUCAUCAUUCUUCGUGGCGGCGGCUUCUCGAUGGCCGAAACCGCUGAUAAGAGUGGACUCACAAAACUAAUCGGAUCGCAAUUGACUAAUUUGGAUGUAAUAUCAUUGGUGGGAAUCGUUAUAAUAAUGUCUCUUUUAGCCACAAUAUUCACAGAAUUGGCAUCUAAUUCAGCGAUCGCUACAAUAUUUUUGCCAAUUGCCGGACAAUUGGCUGUAAAUCUGCGAGAACCGGUGAAUCCGUUGCUCCUAAUGAUUCCGAUCACUCUUUCGUGUUCGUAUGCAUUUGUAUUACCCGUCGGCACUCCGGCCAAUGCUCUGGUCUUCAAUCACGCAAAACUAGACUCAACUGAUAUGCAUUAA